AUGAAUCCUGUCGCUUUAUAUAAUCACGAUGCUCCAAUUUCUGCAGCUCAACAACAUCAGUUUGAUCCAUACGAGAUGAAUGGCGGUUCAUCGUUAGUUAUUAAAGGUGCUGACUACUGUUUGAUUGCUUCCGAUACCCGUCAAAGCGAUGGUUAUAAAAUAAAUUCGCGUUAUGUACCCAAAGCUUUUAAAUUAACCGAAACUGCGGUGUUGGCCACAAGUGGAUUUUCCGCCGAUGGUCUCGCGUUGUUCAAGAAACUUAGUCAAAACUUGGAGUGGUAUAAACACGCUCACGAUAAGGUAAUGUCAACGCCAGCAAUAGCUCAAAUGCUUUCGAAUACUUUAUACUAUAAACGAUUUUUUCCAUACUACACAUUCUGCUUGCUAGGAGGGAUCGAUGAACAAGGUAGAGGUGUGUCAUAUAGUUACGAUCCAUUGGGAUCCUAUGGAGCCGAACCCUAUAAGUCUGUUGGACACAAAAAUCAGCAAGGUGUUCAACGAACUGACAUGUCCUUGGAUACAGCUAUUAGUAUUGCAAAAGAUGCGUUCACUUCAGCGUCAGAGAGGGACAUUUGA